GCACGGAUCGUUCAGUCUCCUCCAGUGUCUUUUCUGUCUCCAGUCUUCCUCCUCCUCCUCACUUGAGAUUGGAGGUGACAGGUGAUCGAGCAGUCAGUCUGUCAGUCUGUCUGGCUGUCUGACUCCAGCAGUGGAUGUUCUUGCGCAGGCUGCUCUCCACCGCGGUGAGGCUGGACGGAUAAACUCACCAUGGCUCUGGAACCGGAGGGGAACAACCGGCUCCUGCAAGACGUGCUGGCGAGACCGGGCAACGAUACGUGCGCGGACUGCGGCAAUCCAGAGCCGGACUGGGCGUCGCUGACUUUGGGUGUGUUUGUUUGCCAGGCCUGCUCGCUCCUUCACCGGAGCAUUCCCCACAUCAGCCGAGUCAAGUCUAUCCAGGACACGUGGGAUGCCAGUGACGUGGAGUUGAUGGCUGCUACAGGAAACAGUGCAGCCCGGGCCAAAUAUGAGCAGAAGGUUCCGGCUUUCUACUACAGACCAACACACACUGACUGCAAGAUGCUGAGAGAGCAGUGGAUCAGAGCCAAGUACGAGAGGAAUGAGUUUGAGUUUAUUGAAAAACAGGAGCCUUACUCUGCAGGGUACAGAGAGGGGUUUCUAUGGAAACGAGGAAGAGACAACGGUCAGUUUCUUAGCCGAAAGUUCAUCCUGUCAGAGAGGGAGGGGGCACUGAAAUACUUCAACAAGCAGGAUGCCAGGGAUCCCAAAGCAGUGAUGAAAAUCGAGACCCUCAACGCCACCUUCCAGCCCGCUAAGAUUGGCAACCCCUGCGGCCUGCAGAUUACCUACCUGAAAGACAACAGCACAAGGAACAUCUUUGUCUACCACAGUGACGCUAAGGAGAUGGUUGACUGGUUCAAUGCUAUCAGAGCGGCCAGGUUCCACUACCUACAGGUGGCCUUCCCUGGAGCAAGUGACGAGGAGCUGGUGCCCAAACUGACCCGAAACUUCAUGAAGGAGGGCUUUAUGGAGAAAACAGGUCCAAAGCACACAGAGGGCUUCAAGAAGAGGUGGUUUACUAUGGACGACAGGAGACUCAUGUAUUUCAAAGAUCCUCUGGAUGCCUACGCCCGUGGUGAAGUGUUCAUUGGCAGUAAGGAGAACAGCUACACCGUCCUGUCCGGCUUGCCCUCUUCCACCCAGGGCUACCACUGGAACCAUGGCAUCACCAUCGUCACGCCGGACAGGAAGUUCCUGUUUGCCUGCGAGACCGAGGCCGAGCAACGGGAUUGGAUAGCCGCCUUUCAGAGGGUCAUCAAUCGACCAAUGAGGCCACAGGAAUAUGCAGUGGAGGCCCAUUUUAAACACAAGCCUUGAAGACUGCAGGAAGCCACAACUCAGCUGGACCGGCCCAGUCUCAUUCAGAUCAAGAGACAAUCCCAAUGUGUGACCACAGAACGUUGGCGGGAGGCGCUGGGGUGUGGUUUUGGGGGACAGGAGUGGGUUAUAGGAUGGUGUGAAGAAAUAGAAAGAGGGACUCAAGCCUAUCUGUGUAGAAAACUUGAACUCUAACGGGACUGAAGGCCCCUCAUGGGGUGAAACGUUGGUGAUCCGAGGCCAAAGGGUAGAUGAUGUCAUCACUAUUGCGCCUACCAACCUUGUGCUAUACAUUAUCAUCAUCCUUCCUUUCCUCAGCCGUGUGGACCCCUUCCCUGCAACGACCUCCCCUAUCUCAAAUUUCGUCUCGUGAACGGUUCAUUCUCUCUGUAAUCUAAUGUAAUUAUGUAAUCUAGAGUCAUUUCACUGGUUGCUUAACAAAGACAAUGCAUUGUUAAUUUAUUGAAUGUACAGUUUUUGAUGACAGUGGCUUACCGUGUGUGUGUGUGCGUGUGUGUGUGUGGGUGUGUGUGUGUGUGUGUGUGUGUGUGUGUGGAAUCGUGAUGUUUUCGUUGAGGACGCUGUGAGGUUGAACCUCUGGCACUGAGACCCUGUUAAACCCUGAACCUACAAAGUGCUGUUAACAACAAAUAUGCAUAAAAACACACACACACAGACAAACUCUCAGUGAUCACCGUAGCUGUUAACGUAGCUGGAGGUGGCUGAUGUGCAUCCAGACAGGGUUCUUUUACAACCUCAAUCUAACAGCUGUUCUCUUUAUUUAUUUGUACUGUUGAAACAUACUGAGUCAUCGUAGACAGUUAUUAUUGCUGCUUUAAAGGAUUGUAAUGUGACAGGAUUGUAAUUUAUAUAACACUUCUACAACUGGUUUCUUUUGCAUCUUGUUUUAAAAGACACAUGGUUGUGUUGACCCUUAAAUCACAGUGAUGGUUUGUUUCAUUAUGAAAAUCUUAACAUGAAUACAGAUGAACCUGAAAUCAUGUGGCCGUGUUUGAUUUUUCCUCAGUGUUUUAAGACAUUUCAGCUCGGUGGGACGACACACUGUAAAUAUGAUGCUUUCCAACUUUAGGUAGUUUGACUGAAGGAUAAUUCUGCUUGACUUGGGUUCAAAUUUUAUACUUUUGGCCCUCAUUCUUAUUGGUUAGGUUUAUUUUACAAAGACUUUGUUGUAGUGAUGUCAUUCACAGACCCCAGCAAUUAAUUUGAUUCCAGAGUUUUCCUAUAAAGCCCCUAGGGAACUUUAUUUUACUUUUAAGCCUGAGCACUGUCAAGGCAAUGCAACAUUUAAAGUGCAGUA